AUGAAUCCCGCAAAUUUUCCCAAUAUCGGCGGGGGCAUCCCUGGCGGAGGUAAUCCGCAUGCCCAGAUGCAGGUCCCGCAGCAGAAGCCGGAUAAUCAGGUGAUGCUGAACUAUUUGGCCCAGGCAUUGCAGUCUCAGGGUACUUUUACCGGAUGGAGAGCCGAUGUUUCUCUCAAGGAGCGGGCUGUCAAUGUAUAUCAGAUGUGGACAUCUCUUCGUUUAAUACAACCGCAUGCCGCUCUACAGAGCUUAGCGCAGGCUGCUUUAAGUUUUGAGCAGAAGGCCUUCAACAAUGCAAAAGAGAAGGUCGAUUACGAUAAGGAAUGCAACGAUAAACUGGUUCAUAUUCGAGAUACUCGGGCUAGACAGGCGGCUGUAUUACAACAAAAUGGCGGCAUGAUGGCUCAGUCUGGGCACGCGGCGGGAAUGGCCGGUGUUGGGCAGGCCCCGUUUCCUCAACAAAUGGGCCGUCCGGCACAAGCUUCUCCAAUGCCUGGACAACAGCAAAUGGCAAUGGGAAUGAAUGAUCCGAGUCGCCAGGCGGCUAUACAACAUCGGCAGCAGCAGCAGCAACAACAACAACAGCAGCAGCAGCAGCAGCAGCAGCAGCAAUCCCAAGCAAUCCUUCAACAACGAGCGCAGCCAAGGCCUGGUAAUGGUAUACCUCUGACGGACGAUCUUAGCACACUUUCGGCUCAAGACUACGAAAAUGUUUGCCGUAUCGCCAACCAAAUCUUAUCGAAGACUUCUCAGGAAGAUGUGGACAAGAUCAAAAUGAAUUUACAGAACAUGACUCCCGAGCAAAGACAAUACCUUAAUCGGAAGAAUAUGGAUCCCAUCACGUAUUUCUUUCGCUCUCAAGCAUUGACUCAACUCAGAAGACACAAACGAGCCCGACAGGAAGCGCAACAACGUGCGCAGAAUGUAGGAAUUGACCCUAAUACUGCGAUGAUGGGGGAUCCGAUGAUGAACGCCCAGAAUCGACAAAUGUUCCAAAAUAUGAUGAAUCUGCAGCGUAAUUCAUUCUCAAUGGGCAGUCAACCGAAUUUGGAUCCAUCCUCAUUUAUCGGCAACGUUGAAAAUAUACAGGGACAACAGGCGGAUGGUUUACGCUCCCAAGAAGCAGGCCAACUUGUGGUGCCUGCUAGUUCUUCCCAGAUGAACCAACAGCCGUUUACAACGCCUCAGAACAUGUUUCAAGUCGGCCAGGGUAACCAGACCAAUAUGAACGGUGCCGGCAUUAGUCCUCAGUUCUUCUCCCAACAGCAAUUACAGACGUCCCAGAAUCUCCCGCAAGAUCGAACGCAACAGGCACCUCAAUUCCAACCACAAUCGCAGGCACAAACACAGGCCCAGCAACGCGUGCAGGCUGCUCAGGACGCGCAAAUGGCUAUAUCCCAAGCCGGUCAAGCCAAUUCGCAAAUGCAACAGCAGAUGACACAGCAAAGUCCCGCCAUGCCGAUGCUCAAUCGUCCCAUGGCUCCGGGUCAGAUGUCACCGGCGCAAGUGGCAGCUCAAGUUCGGCCUCCGUCACGGGCUCCUGGGCAACAACCGGCCGGGGUCCAGUCUCUCGGAGGACAAACGGGCAUGCAGGGUCGACCUCAGAUUCCUCCUGGCCUUCCGCCAAUGGUUCAAGAGCAACUAGCUCGGAUGACCCAAGAGCAGCUAACCGCGUUCUUAAUGAACCAGCAGCGCCGUCCACUAAAUAAUCAAGCUAUGGCAAGAGCAAACGCUAACCAGCAGUCCAUGCCUAUGCAGACGAACCUGUCGCAACCUGGCCAGGGUCAACAGAUGGUGAAUGGUCAGGCGGGUAAUAAUCAAAAUAUGCGUGCCUCCCUGAAUUUACAACAACAGCUCGCAAAUAUGAGUGGUGCACAAGCGCCCAAUCGGAUGCUCCCAGGGCAACAGCAAAUGACAGCCCAGCAACGGCAGCAGCAACAACAGCAGCGUCAACACGAUCUAUAUAAGAUGCAGCUGCUUCGCCAGCAGAGUGGGGGCUUAGAAAUGUCCCCCGACCAGAUCAAAGACAUGGAUCGCUUGCCAUUCCCCCCUUCAAUACUUAGCAACAACCCCAACGUCCCUUCGCCCGUCCCGAAACAUAUAAAGACUUGGGGCCAACUGAAACAAUGGGCAACUGCAAACCCUCAAGUUCUCGGAGGCAUAGAUCUGCAGAAGUUAGUGACAUUCCAGAAGUUCCAUUUGGCCCAGAUAUUGGCACAGAACAAAGAAAGUGGUCGGAAUCCUGAUAGUGGUGGCCAAAACCCUUGGAUGCAAAUGCCUUUCCAGGGGCAGCCACAGCAAUUCAUGAACCAACAACAGUUCCAAGGUGGCCAACAACAAGGGCCAAUAAAUAUGCCUCCAAUGCGCCCGAUCACUGGGCAAGAUAUCCAAAUAGCUCGUCAGCGACUAGGAGCUCAGGUGCAGAAUUAUACGGAUGAGCAGCUUCGGGAGAUGCUCUACAGGAACCGACAGAAACAGUUAAUGCAGCUUGCCCAGAACCGAGCCGCUCAACUUGCAGCUCAACAAGGCCAACAGACCCAGUCGUCUCAGCAGCCUCCGGUCACUGCGGCUUCGGCUACGCCCCAAAUCAAGUCAGAGGCCCAACACCAGCAACCAGCAACACAGUUGAAUCAGCAGAUGCAAGCGGCAAAGACCCAGAAUGCAGCACCUGCAAAAGGUGUAAAAGGACCUGCUGCUAAGCAACCGCCGAAGAGAAAGAUACCAAAUGAAGAAAGCGCGGACGCUCAGAAUACCCCUGCGCAAAAGCCGGCACAGCCUGUGGCUUCUCAAGGAUUGUCGGGUUCCACGCCAGCACGACCUAAUAUGCCGUUCACUCGUGAGCAGUUGGUUAAUAUGACACCACAGCAACGUGCACAAUUGGAGGCGCACAUACGGAGGCAACAAGGCCAGAAUCAAACGCGCGCUCCCAUUUCGAGAACCGCUGCGGAAGAGCAAUGGAACAACCUACCGGACAAGAUCAAGCAAAUGUAUAACGAAAUCCUGGUGCAACCCCUACCUGUUGAACCUGUAUCUGUCACACCAGAGCAAAAUGCUCAAAUGUCCCAGCAACUACGGGACUUUACGGAUAUGCUGGGUAGGAUGGAUACACUGGUUCAAUGGUUUUCCAAGAUCCCUAACCAGGAAAAAAAUGUGAAAAGCUUAUUAGCUAUGCGCAUACAAUUAAUGAGGCAAUUUAAACCUGGACCUGACUGGACGAUCAAUGACCAUUUUACUGUCUCACCAGAGUACCUGACAAUGAGCACUAACUAUGUCAAAAAGCUUUUCCAAGCCAUGAUCACCCGCGUCAGCCAACAUCAAAAUCAGCCAUCUGGACAACGGCCUAGUGUAUCUCAAGGGUCAACUAAUAUCCAAUCGUCCACACAGAAUAACAUGCCCGCCUUGAACGCAAGCAAUCUUCAGCAACUUCAACAACAGGAGGAGGCUAUUCAGCGGGCCCGAAGAGCCUCAAGCCAGACUGCUGUCUCGGCAACUUCCGCCGUACCACCGGCACCGUUUGGCGCGCCGUCUCCUCAGGGAGUACCACAUGUUUAUGGACCCGGUAGCAUGCCCCCCCAGGAACUAAAACUCCCUCCGCCAAAGAAGAGGAAGCAGUCCCACGCUGGGCCUAUUACCGGAACAGCUGGCACCAAAUCACCGGCAGCCAAACAGACUGCAACAGAUGCCAAAAUGACCGCCACAGCUAUGGUUGGUCCUUUCAAAUGCAGUGUCCCACAGUGUCAGCAUCAUUACCAGGGCUUUGCAACCCAGAACGCGCUGGACAAGCAUGUUGAAGAAACCCAUAAGGUUGAAGAAUCAAUUGAAGAUCCGCUUCAGUUUGCCCUUGACAGCUUCCGUAACUUGGUCAAAGAGGAGGAUAAGGCUUCACCUGAAUCGCAAGCUCUGAAGAAAAGUGCUGGUAGUGCAAUGGACACCCCGCAGGUGCCUCCUAAAGUCGGCGUUCCCUCACCCCCCAUGAAGCAGGAAGCGGGAACAACUCCGAUCACCGCGGGCGCUACCCCGGUGGCGCGCGUGUUCAGUCAAUUCGGAGCGAAGCCCACUUCUCCCGCAUCCAACCAGACCCCUCGUGGGCCAUCAGUCAAAGUACCUUUGUCGACAGCCAAGCCUUCCGGUAGUAAGGACGGGAAGAAGGAGGCCGGGAAAGCGACCGAGCAGAUGCCAUCCUUGGAGCCUACCACUGAAGACCCUUGGACUUCAAGUGCUGUUUCUCUUGAGGCGAUCCAGGACACAUUUAUGGACUUUGGGGACGACAGUGGCUUUGGUUUCGGCCCCAUGGACGAGUUCAUUAAUGCAGACAUGUUCGCCAACACUCAGUCGAAAGAUACACCGGAUUCGGUUGAAACAGCCAUUGUCACUCAGACACCUAAGGACAACGACUUACCGAAGGUCGGGGAUUUGGCAAGUAAAGGUGCGGAAGGCCUUGAAGGCAACUGGAUUCCAAUGGACUGGAUCAACCUUCCGGGUCGGUUCGACGAUGGACCUCUUUUGAACGAGUCCUGGGAGGAUAUUGAUUGGGACACCCUCGAUCGGAGUAACAUGAAUGUUGACGAUAGCGGAAUCGCCAUCUGUGCCAUGUGAAACGGCGUUUUACGAAAAAAAGAAAAAAAAAACAUGGAAAAAAAAACAACUAAAACUUAAUGACCCUGAGCAGGUGAAAGGCGCUGCGGCUUAUCUCUUUGGCAUAAAUAUGGAUGACUUAUGUAUAUUAAGACUAGGCCAGUGUGGGAGGCCACUUGUUUUAUGCUUGUGAUUUUGUUUUCUUUUACGUC